AUGGCCGUGUGUGUCAGCUGUCAACAGCCACUCGUGAUUGAACUCGAGCAUGACGAACAUGAGGACUUCGAAAUGGGAGGCUCGUCCUCUGGCAAAGCUCCCGCUGCCGAGCCGGAAACAAUUCCUGACGAUGUGCUGUUGAACUGCGGAUGCCACUUUCACUGGACUUGCCUCCUUGAAGCGUAUCAAAUUACCGAGUGCCCUAACUGCGGCCGCAAUAUCGCGACGACCUCACAAUCUCUUGGGCCCCAAGUCCUUUGCACGUUGCACAAUGAAGGGGGGUUGGAGGAAAAUGUCGAUAUCUUACCCCUCCUCACGGAGGAGUCGUACCUAAAAGCGUAUCCCGAAGACCGCAAACGCCGCGCCUUUCUCGAAUUCUGCCGCGAGGGCGACCUGGAUGCCAUCGUUUACAUGCUGAAAGGAGAGGACGAGGAGGACGGGGAGGAGGAAGAGGCAGAGACUCAUGGUGGGAAGGUCAAUGUGGACGAGCUUCUACGAUACCAAGAUCCGAUCGGUGAUAUGCAAUCCGCUUUGCACGCUGCAGUACAAGGUGGAAGUCAGGAGGUGGCCUGGUUGUUGCUGCUCCUGGCCAGUAACCUGGAUAUGACCCAAUUCCCAGCGGAGGUGUUUCAAGAGGCUCAGAAGUUGGGAAUUAUGAGGGGCGAUCUUACAGGAAAAGCGGACAUUCGCAGUCUGAAAGACAGCGAUGGCAGAACUGCGGAAGACCUAGCGCGUGAAAUUGGAGGCGUGUGGACUUCUUGGUUGGGCACGGGGCGUCUGAGUUUGGAGGAGUGA